AUGAAUAACACUCAUCAAAAAAAUCCCAUUCAACAAUCUGAUUUACAAGAAUAAAUGUAUUCCUAUAAACCACUUCUAGAUAAUUCUUAUACCAUCAUCAAAAGUCUUGUGAAAAAUAAGGAAAAUACUUGGAAGCAGAUAUAGCCAAAACAAAAUUGAAUGAAUUGACUAAAACAUUAGAUUUCUAAUAUAAACAUGAAGUUGCUGAUAGACAUUAAGAUGAAAAGUAACUAAUAGACAAAGCUCAUUUUGAUGAAUUUAAUUAAUUUAACAUCUUUUGGGAUGAGAAACUAAAGUAAUUUGAUUCUGAGGCUAAUAAUGCAAAAGAUGAGAUUCUAUCUAGACAUCAAAUUGAAUUGACAUCAUUUCUUGAAGAACUUGAUAUUACAAUUCCAUUAAAACCAAAAGAUUCGGCAUAAUUGUUAAAAUUAAGAAAGACAGAAGAACAAUUGGCAAAGUUAGAAAAGUAAUCAGCACCUAAAUCAUUUAAGUUAUAAGGAAGCUCAUAUGAUCUAAUAGAGAAUAUUGUAUUUAGAAAAAGAAGAAUUUAAUAAAUGGAAUCAUACUAGAUAGAACAAAAUUAGAAAUUUAAUAUAAUAAUUAAGGUAGAAAUAAAUAAUAGAAUUGAAUGCUUUGUAAUAACGUAUACUUUCAGUACAAGAAGAAUUAAGUAAAAAUAAAUCUUAAGAACUAUAAAAGUAUUUUAUAAUAAUAUAUAAUUAAUAUAGAAUGCUAUCAAAAUAUUAGCAUGUAAGAAAAGGAUUAGAGAAUUAAUAGAAUUAAGAAAUCAAUAGACUUGAAAAAUCCAUUAAAAAUUAAUCAAUUAUGUCUAAAAUGAAUUCUUAAAUGAAAAAACCAUAAGAUGAAAAUUACAAUCUCAAAUGA